UUCAUAUUAAUAUAAAAUCUCAAAUCUUAAAAAAAAAAAGUCUGUGGACACAUUAUGCAUCAACUACCCAUGCAUGAAUAUAAUAUCUGCCAUCGUCCCCCCCUUCCUUCUAGAUAUCAGUAUCGGCUAUUAGCCAUUGAAAAAAAACAUAUGACUCGACCACUAACAGAAACAAUAGCAUCCUAUUCCCCUGAGAAACAGCCCAUCAAUGUGUGAGAUACAACUCUAUCCUCAUCCACAGCAGAAUCAAUGGCAGAAAGAUGAUGAGUGAAUGAGAGAGAGAGAGAGAGAGAGAGACUGACUGUCUCAUUCGCUGCUGUUCUUCCUAAUUGGAUCAAGCGCAGACUUGCCCGACUCUGUGCUCAGUGUUCGCAGUGUGAGAGGAUCGAGACAGCAGACACAGCGAGAGACAGAACGUGUGUGUUGGUGUGAUGGAUAAGGAGAGGGAGAAAGAGGAGGGGUGAAAGCAGGGGUGUGUGUCAUCCUCACUCCUAUCUACUCAUGCUUGCGUGCGGUUCUGUGCUCAAGUCUUUCCAAGAGUCGGUGCUUUGAUCGGACAUGCACCUGCUGCCGCUUUCGGAUGAUUCAGCCAUUUUCUGCAGAGCAUGAACCGCAGCCCAGGCGCUCCAGCCCUGCCCCCAGGUGAGUGCAGCGCUCUCUGAGGCGGGAUCCACCCUCGGGCGGCCUCCGGAGCAUAUGCCUUAUUUAUAGACUGGCUGCCUGUGUUUUUCUUCCUGCUAUGUGAGAACGAACCCAGGCGACAGAAAUCAGAGCCACGGAAGUCUUCCUCUUUAUUAACGAGGUUAGUCGGUUGAGUAUCGUGUAGAGUCCCUUCCCCCUCGCUGCUGAUCUGAUAAUGGAAAGAAGACUUUACGAGGCAGCAUGCCUGCUGCAGCUUUAGAGGAGUCCUGCGCAGCUGCUUCUGAGCGACCGAACCAGGGGCGGAGAUGAAGUCGGAAGCGGCGGAGGACAUCUCUGCCGGACUUGCAUCUCAAGAGGCUCCUUCGGAUGCCUUGUCUGAGGUGGCCACGAAAGAGACGCCCGAGGAAGCGGAGGAGGACGUGGCGGGGGGUAGCGACGGCUCAGAGAGUGGUCCUCUGGGAUGCAUGCCUUUGCCUGUGGCUGCAUGCUGCGUGUGCCUCGAUCUGGAGCGGGUGAGUAGCUGCAUCCGCUCUGAAAAAAUCUGCAUCUUGCCCAUCCUGGCCUGCUUGCUAAGUCUUGCCCUCUGCACCGCCGGCCUCAAGUGGGUCUUUGUGGACAAGAUCUUCGAAUACGAGCCGCCGACCCACCUUGAUCUCAAGCGCAUCGGACAGGAUCCUAUAAUCAAUUCAGACUUCACUCAGAACUCCACAUCAGUCUCACCUUCCACCCCGUCAACUCCGUCUGUCCCAGGACAGCCCAAGGUCUUUGUGGAAGGGGAGUCCACGAGCAGACCCUUUGAGCCGCCCUCAUCGAAGGUGCCCGUUUUUACGCCCACUGCAGCAGUGACUGUCCACACAAACUCUGUGUCUCCACCCAGCCCCAAGAGCACCUUCAAACCCCUCCAGAAUGGCACUGCAAACCAGUAUCCAUCUCAAACUCUGGAAUCUAACGAUAUUGUUCCAAAGACCUCGGCCACCAGCACCACUCCCUCAGCCAAGACCUCCAGUCAUGUGACGCGCUGCAGUGAGAGCGAGAGGAACUACUGCGUGAACGGCGGCGAAUGCUUCACGCUGGAGGUCACACCCGGCAACAUCAGACGCCUCUGCAGGUGCCCCAAUGAGUUUACUGGUGAUCGCUGCCAAAACUACGUAAUGGCCAGCUUCUACAAACAUCUUGGGAUUGAAUUUAUGGAAGCUGAGGAGCUCUAUCAGAAACGCGUUUUGACUAUAACAGGCAUCUGCAUCGCUCUUCUAGUUGUUGGCAUCAUGUGUGUGGUGGCUUGCUUCAAAACAAAGAAACAGAGGAAGAAGCUGCAUGAUCGUUUGCGGCAGAGUUUACGAGAGCGAAACGCUGCGGCCAAAGGCCCUCAGCACCCCCACCCUCCACCCGAAAACCUGCAGCUGGUCAAUCAUUACAUGCCGAAAAAUAGCGUCCCUCCUCAUGUGCACGUGACGGACAAAGAAGUGGAAACAUCUCUCUCUACAAACGAGUUUACUUCAUCAACACAUCCGUCCACUGCUGUCUCUCACUCCUCCAGCCAGAGCUGGAGUAAUGGGAAAGCAGAGAGCGUGGUUUCUGACAGUCACGCAGUCCUGGUCAAGUCAUCGGUGGAGAACUGCCGGCAUGGUACGCCCGGUCACAGGGGGCGUCUGAAUGCUACAGGAGGAGUCCAUCAGCUCAACGAUCACCUGAAGAGCUCCAGAGGAACCCAGGGCUCCUGCAGAGACUCCCCCUACAGCGAGAGGUAUGUUUCUGCCAUGACUACACCCAGCCGUCUGUCCCCCGUGGGGCUUCUCUCUCCGGCGACGCCCUCCUCGCCUCCCUCCGAGAUGUCGGCUCCUCUGUCCAGCCUGGCGACCUCCGUUCCGUCCAUGGCAGCGAGUCCCUCGGGGGAGGAGGAGCGCCCCCUGCUGUUCCGGACCCCGCCGAUCCUGCGUGACAAAUCCGGUCUGAACCAGACAGGCCAUAAUCUCCGCAACUCGGCUCACUACAAUCACGGCCUGGAGCUGCUCAGUCCUCCAGCCAGCCCUCUGCACACCGUGGAGCAGGAGGAGAGUUCACAGCAGUACCAAAGCACAGCCGCAGCGUCCGGCCCGAACAGCUCCAGAACUCAGCCGAGCGGCCAGACGGCGCUGGAGCCGGUCAGCGGCAGUAACUCAGAGAGCAGCAGCUCGGAGAGCGAGACUGAGGAGGACACGCCAUUUCUGGGCUUACAGAGCCCUCUGGCCGCUGGAUCAGUUGUUCUGGACGGGCUGGAGGGCAGCAGAACUAACCCCGCGCUGCUCCUCUCGCCGCAACACGACCUGCAGAGCAGACUGACGUCCGUCAUGGCCAACCAAGAUCCUAUAGCUGUGUGAAAGAUGCAUCGAAGAAAAAAAUCACCACUAAACCUUUAUUUUCUAUAAUUAAGUAUUGCAAAAAGAAAAACGUCAACUUUUAUUUUAGUGAUGUAGUGAAACAAAGACUUUUAUAUGUGUGUGUACAACGUGUUUGUGUCAUGGAAAAAAAGUGCCAUUCACAUGUAGCUGAGGUCACAGUAUUUCAAUGGCAGAAAAAAUAUAUAAUCUAUGGUGCCUUUUAAUUUAAAUUUGAAGAAAAAAAGGACAGCAUCAUGACACUGGGCCAUAUAUUCAUGACUUUAAGGCAACAACUGAAAAAAAAAAAGAAAGUUCCACCAGCACUCCAUGUCGGAAUCCUUGCAAUCGGAUCAAAGUGUAAAAAGCAUCGUGGUCUCGUGACCUGGUGGCUUUCCUGUCGACCCACUCUCUCUUAUUUAACACACCUAAAAUCUUGUGGCAGAUAAGAGGCACAAAGAGGCUCGCAAAACGAGCAACGCUGUGGGUCACCAGGACCAACCGUACUGUGGCAAGAAUGCUUUUUUUAAUUACGUUAAUUACUUAUGCAAUUUGAUUUAAAAUAUGAAGUGUGGCUGCUGCAAACUGAAAACAAGACAAUUCGAAAGCUAUAGAAAUUAAGAGUAAAUGCUAAAAAAAAAAAUACUCACAGGAAGCAAAUCAUGUACAAUCAGCUAUUAAUCAAACACAAUCACUAUGGUUGUCAUGUAUAGCAGACAUUAUUUAUAUAGAACUGAUUGUUUUUCUUUCAUAUUACUGCAGAAUGACUGAAUAUAUGGCUCACUUUGUCGAUCGUGCUCAUUGGCUUCUCAAGCAAUGCAUUGUGGGGAAAUUACAGCACCACUUUUAUGAUUCUGAUGAUAUCUUUUUAUUUCUUAUUAGUUAUUGUCCAAAUCAUUUUUUCUUUAACAUUUGUCCUUUGCUAUCCGUGUCGAAUGUUA